AUGGAGCCAGGCAAGGAGAGAGCUCUCCCUACCUCUAAAGAGGGACUGAAACAAAUCGCGGGAAAGGCCCUCGGGAAUCUGUACAGGAGGCUGGAGAAGCGGCAGCAAACAGGUGAGGCGAUCGAGCUGACGGAGGAUGGGAGACCCAGGGCGGACCAGGAGCGGAAGACGCCCCUGUGCGACUGCACAUGCUUCGGGCUUCCGCGCAGAUACAUCAUCGCUAUGCUGAGCGGGCUCGGCUUCUGCAUCUCCUUCGGUAUCCGGUGUAACCUGGGUGUGGCCAUCGUCAGCAUGGUCAACAACAGCACAAUCCAUCAAAACGGCAAGAUCAUCAUCAAAGAGAAAGCGAAAUUCAACUGGGACCCCGAGACCGUGGGAAUGAUUCACGGAUCCUUCUUCUGGGGCUACAUAAUUACCCAGAUUCCGGGAGGAUAUAUCUCCUCAAGACUGGCUGCAAACAGAGUUUUUGGGGCUGCCAUCGUGCUGACAUCCACCCUGAACAUGUUCAUUCCCUCCGCCGCCCGGGUGCACUAUGGAUGUGUCAUCUUUGUGAGGAUACUACAAGGGUUGGUGGAGGGGGUGACUUACCCAGCCUGCCAUGGGAUCUGGAGUAAAUGGGCUCCACCGCUGGAAAGAAGCCGUCUGGCAACCAUCUCCUUCUGUGGAUCCUAUGCUGGUGCAGUGGUGGCCAUGCCUCUGGCUGGGAUCCUGGUCCAGUACACAGGAUGGUCCUCUGUCUUCUAUGUGUAUGGAUCCUUCGGGAUUGUUUGGUACAUGUUCUGGAUCUUGGUGUCCUAUGAGAGCCCAGCGGAGCACCCGACCAUCACCGAUGAAGAGCGGCGUUACAUCGAGGAGAGCAUCGGUGAAAGUGCCCAGCUGAUGGGUGCAAUGGAGAAAUUCAAGACCCCCUGGAGGAAAUUUUUCUCCUCCAUGCCCGUCUAUGCAAUCAUCGUGGCCAACUUCUGCAGGAGCUGGACUUUCUAUCUGCUCCUCAUCAGCCAGCCUGCAUACUUUGAAGAGGUGUUUGGCUUUGAAAUCAGCAAGGUUGGAAUCCUGUCGGCUCUCCCUCACUUGGUCAUGACUAUCAUCGUGCCCCUAGGAGGCCAGUUAGCGGACUACCUGCGGACCCACAACAUAAUGUCCACCACUACGGUCCGGAAAAUCAUGAACUGUGGAGGGUUUGGUAUGGAGGCCACUCUCUUAUUGGUGGUUGGUUAUUCUCACAGUAAGGGGGUGGCCAUCUCUUUCUUAGUUCUGGCAGUGGGUUUUAGUGGUUUUGCAAUAUCAGGUUUCAAUGUCAACCAUUUAGACAUCGCUCCUCGCUAUGCCAGCAUCCUCAUGGGCAUAUCCAACGGUGUGGGUACACUGUCUGGGAUGGUCUGCCCUCUAAUAGUGGGAGCAAUGACAAAGAACAAGACCCGGGAAGAGUGGCAGUAUGUCUUCCUCAUUGCUUCCCUUGUGCAUUACGGGGGCGUGGUGUUUUAUGGGAUCUUUGCGUCCGGGGAGAAACAGCCGUGGGCCGACCCUGAAGAAACCAGCGAGGAGAAGUGCGGCUUUAUUGACGAGGACGAGCUGGCCGAGGAGACGGGUGACAUCACGCAGGGUUACGGCGCCAUGGGCGGUCCGGCUAAAAGCUAUGGGGCCACUGCACAGCUCAACGGAGGUUGGGUGCAGGACUGGGAUAAGACAGAGGAAUAUGUACAGGAACCGGCGGGAAAGAUGUAUGCUGAGCGUGGCUACUCCUAA